AUGUCGUCCAGCAGCGGCUCCAGAGCCACACUCUACGACCGGGAUCGGAUCGCGGCCGUGCUUCGCGAGUUUGGCCUGACGCCCAACGCCCUCGACUCGGGCAGCUACAUCCUCACGCCAGCCAAGAAGAACAGCCUUCGACGAGGACUGUAUGCUCGCCUGCUCGAGGAGCUCCCCACAAAGGCCCACCUCCUGCCUCAGUGGCAUCACCGCACCAGCAGCUCCGUCCUCGAUGCCAUCGCCAGGCACGACUACUCUCUCGCCACCACCCAGGCCGAGGAGACCAGGCAGCUGGCAAAGGCCAAGCUCAAGGGAAAGCAGGUGCAGCGCGGCUCCUCGCCCUUUGGCCCCAUCGAUGGCGUCCCAGACGAGCUCGAAGACCCGGACCUGCUAGGGCCCGAGUACGGCGAGGAGAGGCGAGGGAUGGCCUGCGGCCACCUCUUCCAGGCCGGCGAAGCCAUCUACCGGUGUCGCGACUGCGGCCUCGACGACACUUGCGUGCAGUGCGCUCCGUGUUUCCAGGCCUCGAUCCACGCCAAGGAGGGCCACGACAUUGUCUUCUCCAUUUCGAGCGCGAGCGGCGGUUGCUGCGACUGCGGCGAUCACGAGGCGUGGACCCGCGAGAUCGGUUGCCGUUAUCACUCGACGCAAGCGGAGGCGGCCGGGGAUAGCGGAGAGCACAUGCAGAUCGAAGCUGGCAGCGGCGACGCCUCCCGUUCUGGCACCACCUCGACCUCUGCUUCGGUCGAGCCGGCGGAAGAACCGGAGUCGUCGGGCAUGCAGGAGAUCGAGCACGACCUAGGGCUGAUGGCGGAAGACCUCCGCACCCCUCUCUACGAUACGGUCAGCUCCUGCCUCGACUUCAUGCUGUCGGUGCUCGAGCACGCCCCUGAAGAGAUGUCGAUCGCCUCGGGUCCCGAUGUCCUCGAGACGCUCAAGAGGCAGCCCACGCUCGAGCCGUCGCCACGCAGCUCGUCUGCAGAGGCCGCUGCAACCUCGAGCGCCGGAAACGCCGGGCGAUCGGCCGAGCGCGACGAGAGCGACGAGGAAAUGAGCCAGGCCGACGGCCUCGAUGACGACUACGAUGUCAACAACGACGAUGACGACGAUGACGAUGACGACUACUUCAGCGGCCAGGAGGGGCCGGGCUCUGUCGGCGGCAAUCCGACGCGUUCGGCCUCCACCACUUCUCUGGGCGCUCGCACCUCGCGCACCAAGGGCAAGGCGCGGAGGCGGGCGUCGUCCGACACCAGCCGUGGCGGCGCUGCGGAUGAUGCGGCAGACGCCGGAGCGGGGAUGUCUGGUGCCGGCUCGAGCUCGCGGCCGCGGCUCUCGUCGUACGACUCGCGCGCGACCUCGGGGGCCGAGGCCGAACCCAUCAAGCGACAGUACGCGCUGCUGCUCUGGAACGACGAGAAGCACAGCUUCAGCCAGGUCAUCGAUACCGUCACCGACGCCACGGGCAUGCCCGAGGUCGAGGCGCGUGGCGUCGCCGAGCGGGUCGACAAGCACGGCAGGGACAUCAUCGAGAUCUCGACCGACCUGCGCAGGCUGCACAACCGCGGCAUGAUCCUGGGUUCGAUCGACCUGGCCGUCUCGAUCCGACCCGCCUACGAUGUGCUGGUCGAGGAGGUGGCGCACGUCAUGCUCGACUUCCUCGUCGACAUCUCCAAGUCGUCGGUCUACGUGCCCGCCAUGGCCGGCGAUUCUGAGCCCGACGGCUUCCGGCCAAACGCCGCGCUGCUCAAGCAGUUGGUUGCCAAGGUGCUGCUGGAAAGCUGGACGCCCUUCCGCCCCAUCUCUGCCGGCUCCAUGCGACAGGACUUCUUCGACCCCUCGGACCUCACCCGCUACGAGGCGCUGCUGAUGAUGGACCCCAAGAUGUGGAAGUCGGCCAGGAUCGAGAUGAAGGGCUUCUUCAUCUCGCUCAUUGCCCGCCGCGAGAUCAAGAAGGAGGUCGCCCGCCGCUUCGCCCAUGCCUAUGCCAAAGUGCUCGAGACGUUCAUCCUUCGAGACCGCGAGCCGGAGCACUCCAUCUGCUUCCUCACCGUCCAGCUCUUUAGCGUGCCCUCGAUCGGCGCGAUGCUCGUCGCCGAGGAGCACUUCCUCCACAAGCUCUUUGUCAUCCUCCAGGCCAUCUUCACGGGCCAGAUGACGGUGGCCAACUCGCAGCUGAUCCUGCCCCCGCCGCCCCCUCCGCGCGGCCAGAUCAGCCCGCACCUGAUGCUUCUGCGCCAGUCGCGGUGCUACCACAUCUUCUACGAUGUGCGCUAUCUGCUCGGCUCGGAGAGCGUGCAGAGGCAGAUCGCAAAGGACCCCGAGAGCCACCUCAAGUACUUCUUGCCCGUCCUCUCGCUCUUCCAUGCCAUCAACCCGGCGAGGCGGGCCGUAUCGGCGCACGUCGAGUUCGAGAGCGAGAUCUGGAUCCCCGUCUUCCACGUCAGCUCGCACCUGGCCAAGACGACCAAGGCGUACGGCGAGGCGUUCGCGUUCGCCCGCCCGCAGCAGCUCAAGGCGGCCUACGCGCAGACGGCCAAGGCGAUCCUGAUGUCGUGCUACACGCUCCACCAGAACGAUCCGGAGAACCACCCGCCGAUCAAGUUCCACGCCGCCUCGUACCGGGACCCGUCGGAGAGCCACCAGAUCGUCGAGUUCGCCGUCGACCGGCAGCCGGUCAGUUUCCACCAUCCGAUGCACUGGCUGCUCGCCGAGAUGCUCAAGCAGGUCGCCACCGUCGACGCUGGCCUCAUCCGCACCGAGACCGGCGCUGCCAAGCUGAUCGACCUUUUCCAGCCCGAGGUCGACGAGACGGGUCUGCUGAUCGUGCUCGACUUCCCGCUGCGCGUAUGCGUCAAGCUGUCGCAGAUCCGCUGCAACAUGUGGGUCCGCAACGGCUACACGAUCCGAUCCCAGGCGCACCACUUCCGCGACAACUCGAUGCGCGCGCUCAUGUACGACCAGGACCUCUUCCUGAUCCAGGCCGGCAUGGCCGCCAUCGACCCGGAGCGGAUGCUGGCGUCGAUGCUGGGCCGCUUCGACCUGAUCGACUGGUUCAGCGGCAAGGACGUCACCAGCCACGCCGUCUACGACACCACCCAGGCGGUCUUUAUCGCCGAGGAGCUCCUCUUCCUGCUCAUCACGUGCUUCUCCGAGCUGGCCGCCAUCGCCUCGUGGCCGACGGAGCGGCUGGUGCGGCGCGAGCUGGUCCACUUCAUGGCGCUCAGCCAGGGCACCUACAGCGACAUCACCAAGAACAUGAGCGAGAAGCUGUGCGACCACCCGUCGUUUGAGCGCGUGCUGGGCCAGGUCUCCAACUUCCGCGCCCCCGACGGCACCAACGACCUUGGCAUCUUUGAGCUCAAGGAUGAGUGCUACGACGAGGUGCAGCCCUUCUUCUUCCACUACUCGCGCAACCAGCGCGAAAAGGCAGAAGAGGUGCUGCGGGCGCGCCAGAAGAAGCGUCUCGCCCGCACCGACCCGGCGGCGGCGGCCAAGGUCAAGGACGAGGACCUGCCGCCGACCGUGCCGCCGUGCCAGCUCGACGGCCUCGACCGCGGCCUCUUCGCCUCUCUCAAAUCGUCGCUGCUGUCUGGCAGCCUGGCCCGCAUCCUCUUCUUUGCCAUCGACAACACCCACCUCCACUACGAGUACGCCCCCGACAUGCUGGUCGACGCCGCGCUGCAGCUCGUCAUGGUUGGCCUGACCGAGGCGGGCGCCGACUUUGCCGACAAGGUGAUGCUGGCACCCAUCGUCCGGAGCGACAAGCAGACGCAGCCACCGACGCCGGUCGACACGUCGUACGGCAACCUCGUGGAGCUGCUGUGCCGAGUCGAGGUGGAGGACAAGUUCAAGCCGUUCAAGGCCAAGAUCGCAUGGUGCCUCGAGCAGGCUGCGGCCGCCUCGCCCACGGCCCUCGCACCCAUCUCGCAGCACUGGGCCGCCACUGGACGGACUGCCGCCUCCAAGCGUGCCGGCGACGGCGCCAAGAUGUCUGCUGAAGAUGCGCGCAAGUCGGCCGCCAAGGCGCGCCAGGCCGCCAUCAUGCAGAAGUUUUCGGCCCAGCAAAAGAGCCUGCUCGACCAGUUCGAGGACGAGGAUGACGACGAGGACGACGGCGAUGGUGACGGCGCAAAGGCAGGCACGUCGGGCGGGGAGGCGUCCGAGGGCAAAGCGGCCAAAAAGUCGUGGGGCAGCUGCAUCCUGUGCCAGGAGAACCUCGGCCUCGACAAGGCCUUCGGCAUCCUCGGCCACAUCCAGCCGAGCCGCGCGAUGCGCACGACGCCCAAGCAGGACGCCGCAUGCCUUCAGCAGGCCUUUGAGACGCCCGUCACGCUCGACCGUAGCGGACCCGAGGGCCGCCGGGUGAUGGGCAGCACGGUCUCGAACCGGGCCGCCGGCGGCAGCGUCGGAGGCGGAGGCUCUGGCGGUGGCGCCAACUCGAGGACGUCGCCGGCCUACGGCUGCUUCCCGCGCGAGGACCACCGCUUCGGCUUCAACGCGUCCACCUGCGGGCAUCGGAUGCACACCCACUGCUUCGAGACCUACUGCCGCAGCGUCGAGCAGCGCCACGCCGCCCAGAUCGCGCGCAACCACCCGGAGGACCUGUCGCGGUCCGAGUACGUCUGCCCGCUCUGCAAGAGCCUGGGCAACGUCAUCCUGCCCGUGGCAGACGCCCUGCCGACGGCGUCGGGCGCCGCAGCCCGCUUCCAGCAGCUCUUCCCCAUCGAGGCCGACGAGACGCCGCUCCAGGACUGGAUCCGCAAGAUCAACAUCGACAUCCUCAAGCACUCGUCCCAGAGUCCGGCGGCCGACUACUACCAGGAGACUGACCAUGGCAGCGGUGCCUUCCUCCCCUUUUACGUCGAGCACUCGAUGGGCGCCAUGCACAUGCGCGCCGAGGCGAGCAACGGCGUCGACCUGUCGACGAUGCACAUGCUCUACCGCCUGGUCGAGGUGCUCAAGCCGCUCUCGCACGCGUCCAAGGGCCUGCGCGAGCGCUACCAGCAGCGCACCAUCCUCGCGCCGCAGAGCCGCAAGAUGUACAUGCCCGAGGAGCUGGUGGCCUACACGAUUGCCAUGCUCGAGGUCGGGCAGCGCGGCGUGUCUCCCUCGACGAGCGCCAACGAGGUCAGCGUGCCGCUCGAGCAGCAGACGGUGGCCGACUCGAUGAGCGAGUCGACGCUGAGCCUGCUCCAGUCGCUUGUACACUGCCUCCGCUCGCUGGCGCUCAUGUACCACGCCGGCGCCGAGGGCCCCAGCGUCAUCCGCCGCGGCCUGCUCAAGCGGCUCCUGCCGCACUGGGGCGGCGACGAGUCGGUGCGCUCGCCGCUGCUGCUGCGCGACCCGCUCACCAUCCUCGUCGAGACGGCCGUCGCGACGCCGCAGAGCCUGCAGCAGUGCACCGCGCUGAUGUACUACGUCUGCCUGAUCCAGACCGUCUUUGGCCUGGCCCAGCCGUCGAUCUGGCCGCAGGCCUACGGCGCCUCGGGCGUCGGCCAGGGCGGUCGCGCCUUUGUCGGACUCAAGACGGCCAGCGUCAGCUCCGACGAUAUCGCAGAGGCCCGCCGCAUCUUCCCAGACAUCCGCUGGACCGUGGCCAACAUCAUCGGGUUCGUCGGCUACGCGCGCGGCAACAUCACGCUCGGCUUCGACAAUCUCGACGACGACACGCUGGCCAAGAUGGUCUGCUCGUACACGCUGCCCUUCCUGCGCCGUGCCGCCAUCCUGCACAGGGUCGUCGGUCUCACGACCAAGGCGAGCGCCGAGGACGCCUCGCCUUUUGUCCAGCCGGCCGAGGGCAGCCCGGGCGAGUACCGGAGGCUGCUGGCGCUGCUCAAGAUCCCGCCGCCCUCGGUGGCGCUGCCGGUCAAGUCCGAGAAGCAGACGCCGAUCGCUGGCCUGGUGGAAGGCUGGAUCAAGCACGCCUACGCUCCCCUGGCGUCCCUCUUCCGGCCCCUGCCUAUCCAGCCGGCGCCCCUGGGCAACAGCCUGUUCGGCAGCUCCUCGCUCGCAGCUGACGGUGGCAGCAGCGGCGCAUCGGGCGCCAGCGGCCGCGCCUCUGGGCUGCAGGCCUUUUCGUCGUCGCACCUCCACGCCGCCGAGGCGCACCCGACGCUGCUGCUCGAGCACCCGCACAUCUACGAGCUGGCCAAGCUGCCGACCGACCUGGCGGUGCUGCUGCAGGACACGCAAAAGCGGAUCUGCAAGAACUGCAAAAAGGUGCCCGCCGAACCCGCGCUGUGCCUGCUGUGCGGCGAGAUCCUCUGCUACCAGAGCUUCUGCUGCCAGCAGGAGGACAACGAGGAGCGCGGCGAGUGCAACUACCAUACCGACGUCUGCGGAGGCGCGAUCGGCGUCUACUUCAAGGUCAAGUCGAACGUCAUCAUGCUCCUCUACCAGGGCAACGGCACGUACAACUACUCGCCCUACCUCGACUCGCACGGCGAGAUUGACAUUGGGCUGCGCAAGGGCCGGCCGCAGAAGCUGCACCUGCAGCGCUACGACGAGCUGCGCAAGCAGGUCCUCGGCCACGGCAUCGCCAACAUUGUGGCGCGCAAGAUCGAGGCGGCCAUGGACGCCGGCGGCUGGCAGACGUUCUAG